CGAACGCGAAGAGCCCGAUCAAAUUCGUUUCCCCGAUGAACGAUAACGUUCGAACGAACGGACGCAAUGACUGUUUUCGCGUAUAUACAUACCGCUUGCGGGCAUUUGAAAUGUUGGAGGUUUCCGCCAUUACGGAGCAGCAGAGUCGCUUCGAGAUGCGAAAAUCCUAGCCUUAAAAAGAGGCAAUCGAUGGAGAAACGAGGCGUGUCAGUAUAAAUGUCCAAACAUCUUUUUAACAAUAAAUGGAAGCAAUUAUGUCGAGAGUGAAAGGGAGAGUGAAAUCCUAUUAAAUUCUGUGGUCGAGAGGAGAGGAGAGGUGAAGAGAGGAACGUGCCGAGUCGAUGAGAUAGUAGAAACGGACGUUGCAUCGGAGAUUUUCCGGAGGAAAUUUCUCGUCGAUUAAUUAAGUGGGAGAUCCAUGAGCAUGGUAUUCGGGAGUGUUGAUUACGAUCAAAGAACAAGAGCUGCUGAUCGUGGACACGGAUGGAUACGUACGAAAUGUCCGACGUCAACGAAAUUCUCCGACACAUCGGAUCACGAUUUGCAACCCGGAUCAAAUGGAACGACAUGAUCGCGUAUAAAGGAGACAUAGACGCCGUUCAUUUGGACGGAAAAUUACUCGCCAAAACAUGAUUCGACCCGAACGAGAGGAUCGACGGAGGAUCGUCUUCUAAAGAUCUCCUCAGAGAGAGCGUUUAAGAGGAUUAAAAAUAGUAGCGAUGUUCAACCGGUUUUCGUUCAUUCUAGGAAUUUGAUACCGUGAAUUGUUGCGCGAUAUCGGGAAAUACGCGUGCGAGGCGAACCGAGCCGUUCGCUAUGCCGCGUUAAAAAAACUGUAAAUCAAUCCCCGGUAUAAUGAUCGCGCGUAUUAAUCGAAGAUCGACUGACAAGGAACCGCGUUCGAUAAAAAAUGCAACGACAUUUCAAAUGUACUUAUCGUUGUGGCGAUCGCGAGGCCGGACAUGCGCGCGAUCAGUUAAAAGGAAAAAAAGAAUGAUGGAUAAAAGAGAUAUCGGACACGAUAUCAUACAUGUAUCGCGACCUUCUUCGGGUAAGCGAUAUUUUGCCGCGCGUUUCUGACUCUCUCCUUCUUCAUCCUACUAAGGACAACGAGGAGAGAUAUGGAAACGUACGGCAACGUAAUUCGAAGCCAGCUCGCUAACAGGAAUCCGUUUCCGAGGAAAGGAGAAGUGCGCGUCCCGCUCACGGCUCACGGUUCAGUACUCAUUGUCAGUACAACAGUGAUCGUUCUCCUGGUAGAAGCGACUCCGCGCAUAUCAGCCUUUCGUUCACGUGCUUUCCCUUCUAAACCUUUGUAGAAGUACCGUACAUGUUUACACAGAUACAUCCGUAGACGUGCACGUGCAAAGUUUCUUGUAUCAACGGAGUCUUGUUCAAUUCGCUGUGUCAUGCGUUACGAGGUUUUGACACGCUCGUAUUAUCAGCUGGAAUCGGAUCGCCGUACGUAAUAGAGAGAACGGCUUGUCGGAGGAAAGAUGCAAGCCUCUUGCGACGAUGAAGACGGCGUCGUUUAUAAGGACGUGGUCGUUAUAGGAAACGGACCCAGCGGCAUAUGCCUUUCUUACAUGCUCGCCGGGAAUUGGCCGUAUUACACUGGAGAGCCUCAUCCCGGCGACGAGAUGCUCACCGCCAGGCUGCACUUCAGUACGAGGUCUGAGAACGACGAUCGUUAUGAAAAGAUAGAUCGGGAAACGGAGGACGAAUCGUCGAAUAAUCCAUGGAAAACGAACGGAGGAAGCGACGAAGGAAGGAAGGGUUUGGCGGACAGUACGCGUUGCAAACUCGAAUGUCUUUCCUCUGGACUGGAGGGUCGGCAGGGCGGCCGACCGUUGGCCCUUCUCAUGGACCAUCUUCAACAUCCGUGCGUGGACACCGGUUUCGACGUGCCGUCGCUUCUUACGUGGAAAUCGGUCGAACAGCGAUCCGAGCACAAGGUGAUCGAUCACGUUGUACUCGGCAAGGGUCAGGCCGGUGGCUCAUGGCAGUCGAUGGAUCCAAACGUGUUGACCAUCAGCUUGAAUCGAUGGAUGUCGAUGCCGGAUUUAGACAUAAGAGAGUGGGAAGCGUUGAUCGAAUCCGAACAGUUUCGUAGAACAAACGCGAGCGAUGGCGAACCGUACGCGUGUAAAACGGCGAGCAGAGUUUCCGUUGGUACGGUGGCUGCGUAUUACAGGGAUUACGUGCGCCUGAAGAGAUUGGAGCAGUACUUCCGAUGCGGGACCAUCGUCACGUCGGUAAGGCCCUCGGAGAACCGUUCUAACGGCCGACACGAUUGUCACGGAUGGACAGUGGACGGUUUCGAGAUGCAAACUGGAAGACCUUUUCGCUAUCGAUGUAAGAGAGUCGUUCUCGCCACGGGUACGACCGAUUUGACAAAUCGAUUGGGCGUACCCGGCGAAGAUUCCCAUCCCGAUUGGGUGACGCACGAUUUGAACGAGCUGGAGUCCAAGUUGGACCGUUUGCUCGAUCGACAACACGGUAGCAACGUGGAAGGAAGACAAUCGGUGGAUCCGGUGUUGGUGAUCGGCGCGGGGCUGAGCGCCGCGGACGCGAUCAUAGCCGCGCGUUUCCGCGGCAUUCCCGUGCUACACGCGUUCCGGGAUCCCUCUGGGGAAUUAGGGAAACCGGGCGCCGAGAAGAAACGCGCCUUCUACGAAAGAUUGCAGGGCCUGCCCAGUUCGAUGUAUCCCGAAUACCACAAAGUCUACGAGAUGAUGGCCGAGGGUGGUACCAAUUAUCCUCUGUACAAGACGUUACCGAGUUACAGUUUGAUCGGGUUUCCCGAGGACGGGACCGAUCGACGAGUGGUCACUCUUUCCGAUUCGGCCGGACACGUGCACGCGUUCCGCGUUUCCGUCGUAGCCAUACUCAUCGGUUACAAGCCUGACCUGUCCUAUUUGGAGGCAGCUGGUAUCGGGCUUGGAAAAUAUCCCGACAAACCCAUAGACUGUAAAUCGAAUCCGAUCGAGGUCGAUGACUUUACUUACGAAGCGACGAAAGCCCCGAGAUCCGGGCUUUACGCAUUAGGCCCUUUGGUCGGCGACAAUUUUGUUCGUUACGUACUUGGCGGGGCAUUCGGAAUUUUAGUUCAUAUCCUGAACAGUUCGUCGCCCACGUGAGACCGAUUUCCCGUUCCUUUGAUCCAUUUACAGGCGAUCGGCGAGAUCCGAGAAUAGCACCGCCGGACACGAUACGACGAUAGGUACGACAAUUUCUAUUCGCACAUCGAACGAGGGGUGGGGCUGGGGAACUCGAACGGAAGCAGGCCCAAAAUAUAACGGGAGAUGGUACGAUACAAUAAGAUUAGUACAACUUUUUCAUUUGCCUACUAGCACUUAGUACUGUAAGUUCCAUUUAUUGAAAUGAACAUUGUUACGAGUCGUUAAAGUAAACUUAAGGAUGUUACGCAUCGAACGUAAAGCUAUUUUUCCACUUUUAGAAUUUUACAGAUAGUAACCGUAAAGGUAUAAUGAAUCAUUGUUUGGCAGAUUUUCCGAUUUCCUUUUAUUCCGUUUUUUAUGAGAGUAGUAUUUACUUUGAAUUAGCUCGUCCCUUCGGUUCGCUUACUCGCGUACACCAGGUUACAGUAAAUAAAAAAUACGUGUACAAACAACGAUCUUGAUAAAAAUGAAUUGUAUUCAUCGAUCUCGAUCAGAAGAUGGAUCGAUGGAAAGGUCAUUAGAUAUUACAUUACACGGCCAGUGAAAUACA